AUGACGUUGGAGUUAUUAUUCAAUGACCACAAGAGGUUAGAGCAUACAUCCUUUGACAGUAGACAUCGAAUUAGGCAGUUGGCGUACUUCCGCCUAAUCCAUGAGUUCGACCUAGUUUGUCGUCGAAAUGCGUUAGAUGACACAUACAUAAAGGUCAAUGUUAGCACAACCGAUCAUCCGAGGAUGAGCUUUGAAAUAGUCAAGUUCUUAAUAGGGUAUUACUACCUAUGUGAUGUUGGUUACCUAAAUGUUGAGAGUUUCCGGCUCUAUAUAAAUGAGAAAGAUACCACCUUUCAGAGUGGCGUGGUGGAGCAACAGCAACAGCAACAGCAACAGCAACAGCAACAGCAACAGCAACAGCAACAGCAACAGCAACAGCAACAGCAACAGCAACAGCAACAGCAACAGCAACAGCAACAGCAACAGCAACAGCAACAGCAACAGCAACAGCAACAGCAACAGCAACAGCAACAGCAACAGCAACAGCAACAGCAACAGCAACAGCAACAGCAACAGCAACAGCAACAGCAACAGCAACAGCAACAGCAACAGCAACAGCAACAGCAACAGCAACAGCAACAGCAACAGCAACAGCAACAGCAACAGCAACAGCAACAGCACACAGGCAAUCGAUCUAGUAAAGCCAAAAAUGCUUUGAGUGGAAGAAAAAGGAAACACGGUGACCAAUUAUCUGACACGCUCGAGGCCACUAGGAACGCAAUGGAAUUUGUGAAUGACCAAUUGAAGGCGAUUGCAGAUGGCCAAAAGAGAAACCUGCAAUGGAGGAUGAACAUUGUGGAGAAGUCAUCAAACAGUUGUAGGAUAUUCUUGAACUAA